AUGCGUGUUCUAUUCAUUCUAGCUGUGACUUUUACUGGUCUGCUGGCCUGUGCAACUGCUUUGGACUCGGAGAAAGCUGCACAGAUUUCCAACGAGCAAGUACUCUCGGACCGCCAGUUGAUUGACACUGUCACCAAGGAAAGCAAGAAGCGCUUGCUGCGAGUCUACAAAGAUGCUGAAGACGGUAGCGAAGACUCCAAGAACGUGAGAACCACCGCUGGCUCCAAGCACGCCGACGAGUCGGAAGACUCUGAAGACAGCCAGGAGGAGCGAUUCUCGCUUGUCUAG